AUGAGUGAAGCCGGAGUGGUGAAUAAUCAAUAUUCGGAACCUUCUGUUGUUGUUGCAAAGGCUAAAUUUAACUUCGAGGGCAAAAAUAACGACGAAUUGACCUUCUUCAAGAAUGAUAUGAUAACUGUUACCCAGCAGGUAGAAGGAGGGUGGUGGGAAGGUACAAUUAAUGGUAAAACAGGAUGGUUUCCUGCAAAUUAUGCCUGUGUGAUUACGGAAAAAGUCUGUGGUGAUGUGGUGAACUCUAACGCUGCUCGGACACAGUUUCGUCUCGAAAUCAUACGAGAUUUCAUUCGGGCGGAGAAGGAUUAUGUUGCCAGUGUACAUGGAACUCACCAAGAGCUGUUGUUACCAAUCCGUAGAGCGGCCAUUCUAUCUCAAGAAGAUUAUGCGAUUUUUUCAUGUUACAUUGAAGAUAUCGCUGCUCUUCAAAGCAACACACUGUUUCGUCUAAGAGAAACGUUCAGAUUAGAUGUUUCGCAGCAACGAAUAGGUGGAGUUCUCUUAUCAUCUGCUGCUGAACUAAAAAAACUACUCAUUGCUUACUGCGAAAAUCAUCCGAAAGCAGUGGAAGUUUUAAACGAGAAAAUGGAUGCGAUCAAAAUUGUACUAAUGGAACGUGGGAGAGAUGUUCAGAGUUUAAUCACUGGUCUAAGCGAACCGUUUAGACAUUUGGAUAAAUAUCCGAGUGUGUUACAAGAAUUAGAAAGGAACAUGCCGUGGUGUCGUCUUCCGCUAGUAAUGUCCUAUCACUCCGAUCUAAAUAAUAUUUUUCAGGAGGGCCAUAUUGAUCGUGGAGACGUCCAACGUUCUUGUGCUGUGUUUAAGGAGAUGAAGGUAGUAUUCUACUAUUAUUUGAAAAGGAGCGUGUCUUUAUUUACUAAACUUUGGUUCAAGACUUUGUGUGAAGCUGCACGUAAGCAGAAGGAACUGCAGCUUGAGCUUCUUUAUACUGGCCAAGUAGAAGGAUGGGCCACAUUUGAACAACGAGGUCGUAUACUUUAUGUUAGUGUGGUUCCAGUGGUAUGCGACGGCGUUUGUACUGACAGGCUAGUAAGGAUGAGUGUGAUUUGUAUCUUAUUGAUUAUUUUACGCAUGUAUUUUCUAAUCUGUUUCAGGUGUCUAGCGCUGUUUUCAAAGUUGCUGAUUGUUCUUGAGAUUACGAUGGACGUUAAUUCGUACAAAUUGCUGAAGAAGAUUCCUACAAACGGUCUUCAGAUCCGUUGUCUGGACAAUAGGAUUGGUCUUGUAGUUGGUAUGCUUUCAUUUGAGCACGCCUGUUCGAACUCGCUCUUUUUUGUGCUCUUUAAGGCAUUGAUCACUAAUUCACUGUCUUUCUUGAUGAUCAAGAAAAGUAUUGGUAUUACAUCAUUUGUUAAUACGCAAUAG